UGCGCAGUGUCACCGUCGCGCCAUCUUGACAGCGGGAGCCGCAAUCAAACUGAGUGGAUGCUCAACUGUCGGAUCGUUCCAUGAUCGGACCUUCCACGGGAGGGAGGGCGCUCUGUGGAGGAGAGGCCAGAAUGCCAGUGGUGUGGCCCACGCUCCUGGACUUUAGCAGGGAUGAAUGUAAGAGGAUUCUUCGCAAGUUGGAAUUGGAGGCAUAUGCGGGCGUCAUUAGUGCUCUUCGGGCACAGGGAGAUCUCAGCAAGGAGAAGAAGGACCUUCUAGGAGAACUUUCCAAAGUAUUAAGCAUUUCAACAGAGCGACACCGCGCCGAGGUUCGAAGAGCAGUGAACGAUGAGCGACUUACAACUAUUGCCCAUAACAUGUCUGGUCCAAAUAGCUCUUCUGAGUGGUCCAUUGAGGGACGGCGCUUGGUACCCCUGAUGCCGCGCUUAGUCCCUCAAACAGCUUUUACGGCCACCGCCAAUGCAGUAGCUAAUGCCACAGGGCAGCACAAUGCCUCCCUUCCUGAUCCUGCAGAGACUGGCAACAAGGAAGUGGUGGUCUGCUACUCCUACACAAGUACUACAUCAACACCAACCUCCACCCCAGUUCCUAGCGGAAGUUUAGCCACUGUGAAGUCACCUCGCCCUGCUAGUCCUGCGUCCAAUGUGGUCGUCCUUCCAAGCGGGAGCACAGUUUAUGUCAAAAGUGUCAACUGCUCAGAUGAUGACGAGAAGCCACGUAAAAGGAGACGCACAAAUUCAAGCAGCUCUUCUCCGGUGGUACUGAAGGAGGUGCCCAAACCCACCACGCCAGUCUCCAAAACAAUCACAGUGCCUGUAACUGGCAGCCCCAAGAUGAGCAACAUCAUGCAGAGCAUUGCCAACUCCUUACCCCCCCACAUGUCUCCUGUUAAAAUCACCUUCACUAAGCCUGCAACCCAGACCACAAACACUUCUACCCAAAAGGUCAUAAUAGUUACCACCUCUCCGAGUUCAACAUUUGUUCCCAACAUAUUAUCCAAGUCCCACAAUUAUGCAGCUUUCGCCAAACUGGUCCCCACCUCUGUCAUCACCUCGGCAACACAAAAGCAGCCUCUUGUAGUCACUGCCUCUCAGUCCCCUGUAGUUGCAAGCUGCAGUUCAUCGUCUCCAUCGCCCAAUUCUGGUAGCAUUGCUGUUACUACAGUGGUAUCCUCUACUCCAUCUCUGCUCAUGUCUACAGUAGCACAUGGAACAUCAACAUUUGCAGUCAAGGCAGCAACCAACAGACUCCCAUCUCCCAAGAGCGCGGUUACCUCCCCUAGUCAGAUCCUGGCCCAGUUACCAAAACAGUACCAGCAGUCCCCCAAGCAUCAGAUCCAUCAGAUAUCCACACAGACUCAGCAGCUGGCCCAGGCCACAGCAAUUGCAAAUCCAACUACAAUCACUCAUCCACCCCAUGUUCAGCCUGCUGCCAUGAAACCAACCAUACAGAUCAAGCAGGAAUCAGGUGUGAAGAUCAUCACUCAUCAAGUUCAGCCCAGUAAGAUUUUACCCAAACCCGUCUCUGCAUCCUUGUCAAAUAGCAGCAAUGCUCCCAUUAUGGUGGUGAGCAGCAAUGGCGCCAUUAUGACCACGAAGCUGGUCACCGCCCCUAGUGGGACACAAGCUACUUACACACGCCCAGCUGUCAGCUCUGCCUUGGGAGCCCGUAUGGCUGCUACACAUGGAGCUACGUAUGUGAAAACCACAACCGGGAGCAUAAUCACUGUGGUACCGAAAUCACUGGCAACACUCGGGGGGAAAAUCAUAAGCAGCAAUAUAGUGUCAGGUACAACAACAAAGAUCACCACUAUUCCAAUGACCUCCAAGCCUAAUGUGAUUGUGGUGCACAAAACUACAGGCAAAGGAACAACUAUACAGGGUCUCCCAGGGAAGAAUGUAGUGACCACAUUACUGAAUGCCGGGGGGGAUAAAACCCUACAAGCAUUGCCAGCAGGAACAAAGCCGGCAAUAUUCACGGCAACUCGCCCAAUCACCAAGAUGAUCAUGACGCAGCCCAAGGGUAUGGGAUCGUCUGUUCAGCCAGCAACCAAGAUCAUCCCCACCAAAAUAGUGUACGGACAACAGGGGAAGACCCAGGUCCUUAUAAAGCCCAAGCCAAUGACAUUCCAGGCCACCGUGAUGAGCGAACAGACCAGGCAGCUGGUAACAGAAACCCUGCAGCAAGCCUCCCGCGUGGUGGAGACCACAAGUGCUACCAUUCAUGAAGUCAAAGAAGAUACAGAGAGCAGCUCCUCUUCCACAGAAUCCUCCCAGAGCUCUCAAGAUUCCCAGCCUGUUGUUCAUGUUAUUGCUUCUCGAAGCCAGGAUUGGGCAGAACAUGAAAUCGCCAUGGAGACCACUCCUACCAUCAUCUACCAGGACAUUGCUGGGGAAUCCCAGUCUGCUACAUCCACCAUUAAGGCCCUGAUGGAGCUCCAACAGACUGCAGUCAGAUCAAGACAAGUGGCUUCUACCAACACCUUGAGCUCUGGGGAGGUGCCUCUUUCUUCCCUCCUACAAGUGAAUCAUCCAACGCAGCAGCUGCAUCCGGUGCAACCCACACGCACCCUGUUGCAGCACAUUAGCCAGUCCCAGACUGCAGCACAAGCAUCUGUAGUGGUGAAAUCAAUCCCAACCUCCUCCAGUGGAGCCAUCACUCAUAUAAUGCAACAGCAUUUUUCUAACUUUGUCUCACAGGCACUGAGCAGCCACACGGCCUUCAGCAAGAGAAGUGAGGAGACUGUGGCUGAAGAGGGGGAAGUGGAGGAAAUGGACACUUUGGAUCCCCAAACUGGCAUUUUGUACCGAGCUGCCUUGGCCCAGAAGCAGCAGAAACAGAUCCAUGUUCAGCAGGAGGGAGCUCACCUCCAAGUGAAGACUGUACAGUCUCUGCAGACCAAACAGAAGCAGCUCAUUCAGCUCCAGUCGGAUCAGAUGCAGCACAAACUGCAACAGACGGCUCAGCUAUCCAUCAGGCAGCAGAAGAUCACUCCCAUGCAGCAAGAGCGCCACCUGCUGGUGAAGGAGAGGCACAUCCCUAACAUCGUGUCUCAGCCCCAGCAGACUGUAGUGCAAGUGCUGGCCGUUAAAACCACUCAGCAGCUGCCCAAACUGCAUCAGGUUCAAGGCCAACAGAAGAUCUACAUGCAGACCCCUAUACAAGUGCCAGUCUCCUCUGAGAAACAGCCUGCUACUCAGGUGACACAACCUAUCAUGUCCCCGGGAUCCGCUGUUACAAAGAUCACCUUUGAGGGCCACCAGCCUCCUACUGUUUCCAAGGCAACGGUUAGUGACUGCCUGCCCAAACUGCCCCCGGCUGUCUCUAGCAUCUUACCUUCUUCCCAGAGCACAGACAAGGCCUCUGUAGGCGAUAUAUUGAAGAUGUCUAUGAUGGAGGCAGACAUCGACACAAACACAGAACCCAUGGUUGUUGAUGCCCCCACCAAAGUCACCCCCAUUAUUAAACCCAUGCCCAUGCUAACUGAAGCUACUGUAACCCAGGUGCCAAGGUUUUCUGUUCCGAGCACAGUGGCUGCUUCUGUCCCACCACCUCCAAAAUGUUUCCCAGCCCCAAUUAUAACGACUGCCCCUCCCACUUCACUUCCUGGACCUCUCCCACCGCCUCCUCCUCUUACCAGGAAAGUCGAUGUUCCUGUUGCCAGUCAGAUCAUCCAGAUACAGAAUGUGCCACAAAAGAGAAUUGAAGAAGUGCCUUCUGAAAUUAUUAUCCAGACCAUCCCUCAGUAUCAUCCCAUCCCUUGUCACUCCAGCUCCAAUGUGGUAGUGGAACCCAGUGGACUUCUGGAGAUGAGUAACUUUACUAGCCAGGGGCUCGGAGAGGAAGACUCCAUGUUGGUUCACCAUGAGGAAAGCGGCAAAACCCAAGCUCCUAUCCACAUCGAGGACUUAUAGCAGAACCUCAACAGAUGCUGGAGGGACCUCCUACUCUUAUGUCACAUGACUCCUGUACAAUAUGGGCGCCUUAACAGUGACAACGUUCUCCCGGAUUGAGAAGAUGCUGGUGUGACCCUUUGACAACUUACCUUAAUAGUAAAUCAAGGGUCAAGAAGAGGAGGAUGAUCGUCUGAUUGGUGCCUAGAUAUUUUGGAAUGUAAAAGGGAAACUUGAUAUUUCUUUGUAAGAUUGAAGCACACUUGUAUUUGGAUGUAUACAGAGUUCACAUCAGGCGUGACCAGUUUAGAUGCAUGCUGCAGACCGCAUCGGAGUUUCAUGCAGCCAGGCACUAGGCAGGAAAAUGAAUUUCUAGUUAUCUUACAAGUUACUAAAUUCACUUAAUCUGGAUCUUCCACAUCUCACGUCCAGCAUUCAUUUUUCAUUUAUAUUGUUGUCUGUUUUUGAGCCGGAAAAGAUAUUUUAAGGGAAAGAAAAGCUAUGGGCCAGAUAUCCAUGUGCUCAGUACCGGGUUUUUUUUAUUUA